CAAAACAAAUUCGCAACAUCGUCAAAAGCGAUAAAUUAAACAAUAAAAUCCGUACUAAAUUGCCAAAAAAACGUAAAAAUAGUUUUUAGAAAGUAAUUAACUCACCUCCAUUCGACAUGGGAAUCAGCUGAAUUGCCUUUCUUCCUCUCCAAAUUCACGGAAAAGUCAAAACUUUCCCUCAACUGAAAAUUCCUCGGAAUUUUCCCACAAAAAAAUACAAUGAGAAAACUAGUUGUGAAAUAUCUGAUAAUAAAAUGCAUUUUUGCAUUGUUGCUGUUUGUGCACGUCACGCCCGCAUCAAAUCUAACGCAUGUCGAACAAAUUUCGUGGAGCACAAAAAUUCUGCCGAACGAGUUUAUUGUGCAAUUUACCGCUUAUCUGGACAAAAAUUCACGGAAAGAAAUUUUGAACUCAGCUUUGGAUAAUUUUAAGACCUCUGAAUGGGAAAUAAUUGAACGAAAAAAUCCCGUCGCAAAACUCCCAAGUGACUUUGAUGUGAUAAUUUUAAGUGAUAAUAUUUUAACAGCUGCUCUCCGUGCUUUAUCGCUCCAUAAAAGCAUUAAAUCCGUCACGCAACACAAACAAGUGACACGAAAGUUGAAUUUUUACCUUCCUGCCCGCGAAUCCGAUGCGGAGAAAUUUUCCAAACGAAAAUUAUUGCGAGCUGUGCCAAAACAAAUCACGUCGUUGCUAAAAGCGGAUGCUCUAUGGCGCAUGGGAAUUACGGGAAAAGGCGUUAAAGUUGCUGUUUUUGAUACGGGACUCUCGAAAUCGCAUCCGCACUUUAAAAAAAUCAAGGAACGCACGAAUUGGACAAACGAAAAACUCUUGGAUGAUCGUGUGAGUCACGGAACGUUCGUUGCUGGCUUGAUCGCUUCGUCGAAAGAAUGUUUGGGAUUCGCGCCUGAUGCGGAAUUGUACAUUUUUAGGGUCUUCACGAACAAUCAAGUUUCAUAUACUUCGUGGUUUCUCGAUGCCUUUAAUUAUGCGAUCCACAAAGAAAUCAAUAUUUUAAAUUUGAGCAUCGGAGGUCCGGAUUUUCUUGACAAACCUUUUGUGGAAAAAGUUCAAGAACUCACCGCAAAUCGAGUUAUCAUGGUCUCCGCCAUCGGAAAUGAUGGUCCGUUGUACGGAACUCUGAACAAUCCGGGAGAUCAAAGUGACGUCAUCGGCGUCGGGGGAAUAAAUUUCGAAGAUAAUAUCGCAAAAUUUAGCUCCAGAGGCAUGACAACGUGGGAAUUGCCUCACGGAUAUGGAAGAUUGAAGCCAGAUAUCGUCACGUACGGGAGUCAAGUGAAGGGAAGUCACAUAAAAGGCGGUUGUCGUUCCCUUUCAGGCACUUCAGUGGCAUCGCCGAUCGUUUCGGGCGCCGUGGCGUUGUUAAUGAGUGGCGCAAGUGACAAAUUUCGCCUCAUGAACCCGGCUUCCAUUAAACAAGCACUUAUUGAAGGCGCCACGAGACUCAACGAAAAUAACAUGUUCGAACAGGGACAUGGCAAACUCAAUAUUUUGCGAUCUUUGGACUUUUUGAACUCGUAUGAGCCUCAAAUUUCGCUUUCUCCCUCGUAUCUCGACACGACGGAGGAUUAUAUGUGGCCUUAUAGCACACAAAGUUUGUUUUUUACAUCGUCGCCUUUAAUUGUGAACGUUACGAUCUUAAAUGGCGUUGCUGUAACCGGGCAAAUUCGUGAACCGCCAACUUGGCAUCCCUACGAUAACUAUAAUGGACACUUUUUAAACGUUUCUUUGAAGUUUUCCGAGAUUUUGUGGCCUUGGAGUGGAUGGAUGUCAGUUCAUGUAGUCGCUACUGAAGCUGCUGAUAAAUUUGAGGGCAUCGCGCAAGGACAUAUCACGCUAAAAGUUUAUUCGAUUGUCAAAGAUGACGUCACGAAAGAAGAAAAAACGGUAAAAAGUGAGAUUCAGUUCCCGCUUAAAGUGAGAAUAAUUCCAAAACCGCCGAGACACAAACGAAUUUUGUGGGAUCAGUUUCAUAGUUUGCGUUAUCCGUCGGGAUAUUUGCCGAGAGAUAAUUUGAAAAUUAAAUCUGAUCAUUUGGAUUGGCGCGGAGAUCAUAUUCACACGAAUUUCAAAGAUAUGUACACGCAUUUGAGGAAUGGAGGGUAUUACGUUGAAGUACUUGGCGAGCCGUUUACGUGUUUUAAUGCAUCGAAUUAUGGGACAUUACUGAUUGUUGAUCCCGAAGAGGAAUAUUUCACGGAGGAGAUAAGGAAGUUGAAGGAUGAUGUUUUGUACAAAGAAUUGAGUGUGAUAAUUUUUGCCGAUUGGUACAAUACGACAGUCAUGAAGAAGAUUAAAUUUUUCGAUGAAAAUACGAGGCAAUGGUGGAUUCCCGACACAGGAGGUUCAAACAUUCCUGCCAUCAACGAAUUACUGCGUGACUUUAACAUCGAGCUCAGCGAUACCGUUCUCGAAGGAUAUUUCUCGAUGCUUGAUCAUCGAAUGUACUAUGCGAGUGGCACAAGUCUUUCGCAAUUCCCGCAAACAAACAACUCGAUCAUCAUUGAACGCGAACUCUUCGAUCAAGGCAAGGAAAUUUUACUCUCCGCCAACUCUGAUGCCUCAAAACGAAAGCAAUCUUACCCAAUUCUCGGUUUACUCCAAACUGACCAAAGUUUCGUCAAAAUAAAUCCCGCAACGCCAAAUCCCCCCAACACUUUCAAACACGAAGAUUUGCUCCAAGAAGACGACUUGAAGAAUCCCGAGCACGUUCUUCGCGUCAAAAACCGAAUUUUGCUCGACAACGAGAACGAAAUUGACGAUUACGAGCCGCAACAAGCCCAAUCCGAGCAGGAACCGGAAACGGAUUUGUUGAAUUUGAUAAAACUUCCAAGUAACACUGCCGCAGCAACAAAAACCGAAAAACCCUACAAAUCGGGCCGUUUAGCUGUUUAUGGGGACAGUAAUUGUCUCGAUUCGACGCAUAUUGAUAAAGCAUGUUUUUGGCUUCUGGAUUCGUUGUUGGAGUUUACGAUGACGUCGCAUCUCACGAGUCUCCUGAAAAACAUGAAUCGCAGCGGAAAAUUGAAAUUUGCGACAGAUACGCGUCCCGUGACACGUUUGACCGACAACAAUCUUCACAAAUAUUCGAGCGUUUUGCGGAAAAAUUCGAAAUUUAAUGAGAAACGCCCGAUUGGAGAAUGUCCCGUACUUGCGUGGGCUCCGAAAAAUUCCAUUAACAUUACGUCGACUGUGAUAAUGCAUCAAAAGGAUGCCAAAUAUGAUGAUCUUGAGAGUAAUGCGAAUUUAUUGAGGAAGCUCGAAAGUGAAAAAACAAAUUUCAUCAUUGACGACUCCGACGAAGAAGUAGUAAAUUGGCGCAACAAGCCAAAUAGUUUAACAGGCGAUGAAUCUUCAUCUCGAACAAAUGCCACGUACAUUUUUAUUCUUCUCGUCAUUUGUCUGUUGAUCGCUAGUUGGCUUAAACGCAAUAAAGGACUUCCAUUAAGGCGCGUUUUUGGAUAUUUUGUACGGAAUCGUUUUAUUAACCUUCAUUAAAUGGAAACUUUUAAACAAUUCGAGAUUAAUUAAUUAUUUAUUAAUUUUUAAAAAUAAUAAUAAAUUAAAAAUAAGGAAUAUUUGUUUACCAAUUCUUACAAAGAUUUAACUUUUAAUGACCCGUAAUA